AUGCAGUAUAGCGAAGCGAGCAAAUAUGCAAAUUUGUAUUCACUCAUCCAUUCGUUGGAAUGUCUUGAGAAAGCUUAUUCCAGAGGCAUUGUUUUAGACAGUGAGUAUGUAAAGGAAUGCUCAAAGCUCAUCAAUCUGUGCCUCGUUUUCAGGAAAUCAAAUGCUGCAGAAUUUGACGCAUUUUUAAACAAUGAAUGUUCGAAUUGUCUGUUGGCUGCACAACGUUUGACAAUAGGUCACCCAGAGAAUGCAGAUUUGAUCGCAUGCGAAUCCACCAGGAAAGAAAAAUUAGUAAUUUUUGAAUUGACUGGAUUUUUUAUUACAUUUAUGGACGCACUUAUGUUAGGCAAAGUGGCUGUUGACGAGAUCUACCCAUUCCUCCAGGACAUUAUCACAGCAAUAGGCAAAUUAGACUCUGAUGCUAAAUAUCAAAGAUUUAGCAAAAGUUUUCAGGUGGAAACUAUCACAAAUUGGCAUAGGAAGCUAAACGACAUGGAGGCUAUCCAGCAACUAUCAACUAAAGAUGUCAGACAGCUGACUUUAGAUUUGGAGAAGUGUUACAACUGUUUCAAGGAGUCAUUGGAUACCCAAUAA